AUGGCAAUCAUCUAUGACAAGCUGCUCAGCUCAGCUCCGCCAUUGACUUUAACAAUGAGUCUGAACCCGAUAUCGACGACGACUCAAGCAUUAGGUCCGCUUCUGAUGCAGAUGAGCACGAUUCCGUGCCCUGAGUGCAACACGUAUGAUGAUGAUGGCCUCUCUGUUCUUGAUUCUGAAAACGAACAUGAUUCUGAGUACAUCAUCAAUGAUCCAGAGGCUGAAAAAGCCAUUAUCUCCCAAGUUCAACCUGGUCCCGCAAGUCUCCAAAUUCUCACACCCUUGCUCGACCAAGAAUCUGCCGGUCGCUACCGCAAUGUCGCCGAUGAGAUCAAGGGCCGCAUCACAGCAUAUGUCUUUAUGCCGAGUGAGCGCGUUAUCAGCGUUCGCUGGAGCCACAUCAACAUGACAUGA